AAUAAGCAUUAAUUAGUUGUUAAUUAGUUAGUAAUGUGAUUGAAAUCGUUAGAUAUAUUUAUUGUUAUAACUAACAUCAGUUAAGUUAAUGAUUUAUUACUUACAUUUUAAAUGUUGUUUAAAAUAACCAAUCCGAUAAAAAAAAUAAUUUGUUCAAUUAUUAUGUAAUUCUAUAUAAUUUGCAUAAUAAUUAAAAAGCACACCGCAUCAUACCGUUUAAGAGAAACUUCAUAUAGAAAAUAUGUGCUGUUUUCGGUAUUCUUCGUGCAUCUUCGUGCAUGAUCGGCUUUACAUAGCGCGUCACGGUAUAUAACUGAAUCUGAUUGGUCGCCUGACGGACCUUGCGUCUGAUUGGCAGAAUUCACUUAGCAACCGCCUCCAACCCGGAAGUUUUGUUUCUGGGGAACUUGAAGUGAAGUUGAAUGAAGUAGGGCUUUGGGAUGAUGAUGGCUGACGCUGAAGAUUUGUGUCCGUUUGCAGAGGACAGUUUCAGUCGCUUCCCGUCACAGAGUAAUAUUUACGGCCUGUGCCAAGCGGGAGAAGACGAGCUGCUGGCCGCCACGCUGAAGGGAAAAGUGGUUUGUUUCCGAUAUCAGGACCUGCAGCAAAAAAUCCGACCUGUGGCUAAAGAGGUGCAGUUCACUUACAUACCAGUCGAUGCUGAGAUCGUGUCCAUCGAUGCCUUCAACAAAUCUGCUCCUCACAGAGGCCUGGUGGUGGGAAUCACAUUCAUCAAGGACUCGGGUGAUAAGGCGACGCCGUUCUUGAACAUCUACUGCGAGUACGAGCCGGGAUCAGAGUUCAACCUGGAGUCCAUCGCUCAAAGCUGCCUGAACCUGGAGCUGCAGUUCACUCCUUUUCAGCUGUAUCACACCGAGCUGCAGUAUGAAGAAGGUCAGCGAGAGACCGUAUUUCUGCUUAGUGGCCACGAUCAGCGCAUACAUCUCUAUAAAGAGAACGCUUCACUGCACCAGUUUGAGGAGCAGCCAGUAGAGCGUUUCUUCCCCGAGCUGAACGAUCUGCCCAGCAAUGUGUUGUGGAUGAACGUUCUGAGCAUCGAAGGAAGUCGUCGGCUCACGGCCUUCGGCUGUCAGAACGGCUGCGUGGGGCUCGCGCUCGUCAACCAGAGAGGACCUGAGAUCCUCCAGAGUUGGCGGUUGCAGCAGGACAGUCCCAUAUCCACAGUGUUACUUUUCCCUCUGAAGGUGGCGGCUGAGAUCAGCAGCACAUGCGAUCAGGGGAAUCAGGUGAUGGAGUAUAACCUGUUGGUCAGCAGCACUCUAGAGAUGGCGGUGGUUUACAGAGAUGUCGAGCGUUGUGGUGUCAGCAGGCCGGUGUGUUUGGCAGGAAGUGAUCAGAGUGAUGCAGCGCUGUGUGCCCUCAUUAUUGACCUGGACUUUGAUGGACAGUUGGAGGUGCUGCUGGGAACCUAUGGACAGGAUCUGCUCUGCUACAAAUUCCAGCAGCCGACAGGCAGCAUGGACGGGCAGUUCCAGCUGAUAUGGAGGCGGAGCUUUAAGAGCCCCCUGCUGUCAAUCAUCUACCUGGACCUGACUGGGGACGGACUGAAGGAGCUGGCCAUCCUGACCAUAAAGGGACUGCAUAUAUUACAGUCUCAGCAGCACGGCCGAUCUCGUCCUGCAGCGGCUCGCCCACAGAGCGGGAACGAUCUCCACCGCCGCACAAAUCCAGCCAAUCGCAGCGCAGGAUACCGAACAAACUAAAGAUUGAUCGAACCACGAGCACGUCAUCCUACCACGCUACAGGGGGUGCAGGCGGCCAUGUUGGAUUCAUCACGAUCUCUCCAGGUUUUGGGCGGACGUUGUGUGUCGGGACGUCGACCGUUUUACAAAACGUCCCAAGCUUCAGGACAUGGUACUGCGCAUUACCCACAAUGCACUGCACAAGGACAUCGCGACGCUGAACAUUGGCUGCACCAGCAGUGAGAUGAAGAUGAAGAUGAGGCUGUUCGCUGAAGUAUGUUCUUCAUAAUCUCAUGUCUCUUUAAAAUUGUGAAAAGACCUCGCCAGGACGUGUGUGAACCGGACACGUUUUCUUUUAAAUGUAUUUGCAUUUCAAAAUGUAAUAAUAAUAAUAAUAAUAAUAAUAAUAAUAAUAAUAAGUAUGCAAGAUUAUAAUGUUGAUGCUUUUUAAGCACCACUAACAUGCACAAAUAAAUACGUGAACAUUAAUCAGUGUAUAUUUUAUUUGCAAUUAAAAAAGCUUUCAAAUUGGUAUUUAA